CGGUCAGAUACACCACUCAAGGCUAUAUCAUAUCCUACUUGAAUAGUCUGCAAACGAAUAUUCCUCCUUCAAUCUGAAAGGAACGUCAUGCUCCUCCGCAUCCCACCUGAAAUCAUCGAUGAGAUCAUCGGUUGGAUUGACCAUCCCGGUACCCUGCGCUCAAGUUGCUUGGUGUGCCACGACUGGCUGCCCGCAAGUCGCCAUCGCCUGCUCGGAAUCGUGUAUAUCCCCGACGCAGUCACAUACGACCUAUUUUUAACGCGUGUUGUUCGAUGCGAAGAUAUGAGGGCAUGCCUUGCGUCUAUCCGAACGUUUGUGAUCGGUGACGGGAAGAAUCCCGACCUUCGAGCCCCCACCAUCUUCCACGAUCUCGCUGGUCUCCUCCCGAGCCUCGACACCCUAAUUUUAGACUCACUUGACUGGAUCAAGCAUCCCCCGCAUCCAAGAGCCCCCUUGACGCUGUCUCGAUUCGCGAACGUCCGAGAGCUGGGUCUCUUCAGCAUCACCUUCCCUUCCUUCGGAUACUUCCGUCGUAUGGUCACCUUCCUACCGUCGUUGGCUCGUCUCACACUCAGCGAUUUUACCUGGCCUCAUCCUCACCAGACCCCAUUCUACGACGUGGCCCCCGAGCCGCAAACAACUCCUCAUUUGAAGUCGAUUUUAGUACUCUCCGAUGUGCAAAGCGGCGUCGACCGCGCAGCAUGUUUGAACACGCUCCUGGUCUGGCUAUCUCGAUCGCCUUUCAGACGAUCCCUGCGCUCCGCCUCGGUGCCAGAAGGUAUACUUGGCAGGAAAUCCGGCGUUCUCUGGAACGACAUUGGGCCGUCCCUCACCGCCUUGGAGAUCCAUAGUACGCGCCCGUUUUGCGGGGAACCCGUCGCUGAUCUGACAGGCUUCCCCAAUCUUCAAUGUCUCAGCAUCCUCAUGACAUACCGAUGGUCAACAGUCCUAAACGUCACGCGCACAGUCACAUCUCAUCUCCAUGAUUUGCUACUUCUCAUGAGGGUGCCCGAGCAUCUCCUGCAACCCCCUGACACUGGCAGCUGGCGGAAGCCUGACGAACUCCAAGCCCUCAGAUUCUACUUCAACGCGGGCGGGUUCCCCAAGGGGGAUGACGAACGUAAGGCCAUCAGCCACCAGAUCCUGCAACUGUUCAGCAAGCAUACUCCAAAACUCUACGCCCGCGGAAUACUCACAGUGGACUUCCUCUUCGGAGCCAAUGACAAGGAGAUCAUGAGGAACUAUUGGCGUGCCUGCAGCCCAGUGAGCCAGCUACGAGAAUUCGGCAGCAAAGCUACAUGCACCGAUUCGCCUUAUAUGAACCGCCUCGACGAGAUGGAUUAG